AUGCCAUCUCUGGAGAGCCCCCUCAAGGAGGGUGCAAGGCUGCUCCUGGUCUCCAAUCGCUUACCCAUCACAAUCAAACGAUCCGACGAUGGCAAGUAUGAGUUUUCGAUGUCGUCGGGCGGUCUUGUCAGUGGGCUGAGUGGGUUAUCGAAAUCAACGACGUUCCAAUGGUACGGAUGGCCUGGUUUAGAAGUGCCGGAGGAUGAAAUCCAUUUGGUGAAAAAAAGAUUGUCCGAUGAGUACGAUGCAGUUCCUGUGCUUAUCGAUGAUGAAUUGGCGGAUAGACAUUAUAACGGAUUUUCAAAUUCUAUACUCUGGCCACUUUUCCACUACCAUCCGGGGGAAAUAACUUUUGACGAGUCCGCGUGGUACGCGUAUCGAGAUGCAAACCGUCUUUUCGCUAAGGCUAUCGCGAAUGAUGUGAAGGAUGGCGACCUUGUAUGGGUCCACGACUACCAUUUAAUGCUGCUGCCGGCAAUGCUACGCGAAGAAAUCGGAACGUCAAAAAAGAAUGUGAAGAUCGGAUUUUUCCUGCACACACCAUUCCCCAGCAGUGAGAUAUAUCGAAUCUUGCCCGUCCGGAACGAACUGCUACUAGGAGUAUUGCUCUGUGAUUUGAUUGGAUUCCAUACUUAUGACUAUGCACGACACUUCUUAAGUAGUUGUUCGAGAAUACUUGGCUUAUCGACCACUCCAAACGGUGUAGAAUUUCAAGGCAAAAUCAUCUCAGUGGGCGCGUUCCCUAUCGGUAUUGAUCCGGAGAAAUUUACAGAAGGUCUUAAAAAGGAGAAGGUGCAGAAACGGAUAACUGCUCUCGAGCAAAAAUUCCAAGGGGUCAAGUUGAUGGUCGGGGUGGAUAGGCUAGACUACAUAAAGGGUGUUCCGCAAAAAUUACAUGCGCUUGAAGUCUUCCUAACAGAUCACCCCGAGUGGAUUGGCAAAGUGGUGCUGGUACAGGUUGCUGUUCCCAGCAGACAAGACGUGGAGGAAUACCAGAACUUGAGAGCUGUUGUUAAUGAGCUUGUUGGGAGAAUCAAUGGUAAAUUUGGCACCGUGGAAUUCAUGCCAAUACAUUUCCUGCACAAAUCAGUUAACUUCGACGAACUAAUUGCACUCUACGCCGUUUCGGACGUCUGUGUGGUCUCCUCAACCAGGGAUGGUAUGAAUCUUGUUUCUUACGAAUACAUAGCAACCCAGAAGAAACGCCACGGAUGCCUAGUUUUAUCAGAAUUUGCCGGCGCGGCGCAGAGUCUCAAUGGCAGCAUCAUUGUCAACCCAUGGAAUACGGAGGAGCUCGCCAACGCUUUCCAGGAGGCCGUAACGAUGAGUGAUGAACAGAGGACCUUAAAUUUUUCCAAACUUGAUAAAUAUGUUUCGAAAUACACAAGUGCUUUCUGGGGCCAAUCUUUCGUCUCUGAGCUUACGAGAAUUUCAGAACACGGAGAGAAAAAGCUCCGGCUAAGGAGAUCUUCAAAGGUGCCCGAGGAGAUGGCUAAAGACGCGGUUGUGCCUUCCAUUCCCGUGGAUGAUACUACAAAAAAUGAAAAUAAAAAAUGA